UGUAAUAAGUUUUUCAAGAUGUCUUUUCAAGAUUUGGUCUGGAGAUCUCCAUCUUGGACACGUCAGUGGAAAUUCCCAGUCAUAUUCACUUAAAGAGUCAAACAAUACUCCUUCUGGAACAUUUCGCGCAUCGUCUUUUGUACAAGCCAACACAUUAACAUAUAAAAGGACUUGAGAUUCAGUUCAAUACAUUGACCUGCAUAGAAAGAAAUAGAUACGAGAAUACCAAGUCUGUGAAGAUGAAUGUUCUGGGGCGACAAAAGAUAAUAUUCGCCUGCUUUUUAUUCGUUGGCUGCCUUCAAGAUCUAUCUCAGGAUGUUUUAGGAUCAGGUCAGAUUGAGGUUAAGUUUAUAAGUUACUUUGACACAUGUCGGGAAAUCUGGAACACAAGAUGCGACCCCAGGUUUACUUUCUGCUACGGACGACCACAAUAUACUCCAUUUGCUAAAGGAGCUUGUCAAUAUCUUUUGAAAGGAGAAACUGGUUAUUGGAAAGAUACACAUUAUAUAGAGUUCAACUCAGACAUGAAAGGUGUUCCUAAUCCAUUGAUUGCAUCAGUUAACAAAUUUGAGGAUUCCAGUGUCACCCUUGCGGUAAAGGUCAGAGAUGAAGACGUCUUUGUAAAUGAUCAUCUGAUUACCUUAACUGCUAGCUUGAGUCCAGUGUACAGGUCAAAGGAAGAGUCACAGUGGAGCAGUUCCACCAUGAUUCGGGAUGAUUUCAGGAUGACCUACCAGUUCCGCAUGUUCUGUGAUGCCUACUACUACACAACAGCCUGUACCAUCUAUUGUAAGCAGCAGGACUCCAGUUCUGGCCAUUACACGUGUGACCCUACAACAGGGGCCAAGUUGUGCAUGAAAGGCUGGAAGGGCCCUAACUGCACUGAUGAUAUCAACGAAUGUGAACAAGGGUUUUGUGUACGAGGAGAGUGCAGGAACUUGCCUGGUGAUGUCCAGUGUAUUUGUCCAGCAAACUACACAGGUAAAGACUGUUCUGAAUUGAUCAACCCCUGCAAGUCUUCACCUUGCCUCAAUGGGGGCACCUGUUUUGCCCACAGCUCACAGUUCACCUACUUAUGCACCUGCAAGGACGGCUGGCAGGGUAAGAACUGUGAGUCAAGAGUUGACCCAUGCAGCAAGUCUCCUUGCUCUAAUGGUGGCACCUGCACAGCCCAGCCAGGGGCAACAUCAUAUGAAUGUCUGUGUAGAGAGCCAUACUAUGGAGCCAAUUGUCUUCAGGUUCUUACAACAACAACAUCAACUACAACAACAACUACAACAACAACAACAACUACAAAAGCACCAACUACAACCACCACUAGCUUGCCAAGUACCACCACUAAGGUCACGAGCACUGAACCUACAACACCAGCUACAACUAGUACAACUACAACUUCAGCUACAACUUACAACAAGGUUGAAACCACACAAGCUGAAAGUUCAUCCAAAAGUAUGGGGGCUGAUACUCACACAUUAGAGUCCCAGGAAGAAGGAUUUCAGGCAUGGUACAUAGGUAUUAUAGUAGCAGUGAUAGUGCUAGCAAGUUUGGUUAUAGUGGCACUCAUAAUCUUCAGAAGAAGAAGGCGCAAUGCAAAAUCACAAAAAGAAGAUUUAGCUUGCAUCAGCCCAACUGGCUCCAAUCUGGUAUUUGAGAACAAAAUGUACAACAACGCUAACAGAAAUAAUCUGGCCAAAGAGAAAUGUGCUGAUAGAACUUCCCCCUCUCAAGUGAUUGUCCAAUGUAAAGACACACCUAGUCGAGUGCCUUGUGCUAGUCCAACAUAUGUGGACAUGGAUGAUGGAGGCUAUUGUAAAAUUGAGGACAAGCUGACAAGAUCAUCUCAAAACUGUCAACCCAAAAGGACAGUCAAAUUACCAGAUAAAGCUGAACUUAAUAAUUAUGCUAACUUUAACACAUUGAGACAUCAGGCCAGUCAGAACCAACAGGAAACUGGACUUUCCACACAGUAUGAUCUUCCAGCCAGCUUUCUUCCACCACCUCAAAUUCAAAGGUCAUUGCCACCUCUUCCAGGCUUUACCCCAUCCAUUAUUAGCUCUUCUGAAGCCGGUUACGAUGUCCCCAAAAACCGAGAAGCUGCCAAAGAUCAUGGAUCUACUGAUGAGGAAGAUGUGUCUCAGUUAAGAAAAAAAGUUGAGGAGAAAUACCAGGUUCCUGUUGUCAUUAAACAUUCAGGAGAAUCUUCAUCUUAAAGUUCAUCACAUAACUAAAAGUUAAAAUGUAAAAAAUGAUCAUCUUUACACAAGCAUUUUCUUAAUAUCGAUGAUUGUUUCAUGUCUUCUUUUAUUUACCCUGCGAUGUUGUAAAUGUACAUUUUUAAUCACAGUCACUGAUUCCAGCCUUUAGAGUAGACAUGAAGUUUUUCUAAUUAUUGUUUUAUUAUAUCGGUAAAUGCAAAACAUGGAAUUGUGAAUUCAUUAGUAGAUUGUAUUGCUCACUUUUGAGAUUGUAAUUUUCUCUAUACAUAUGUACUUGUUUUGUAUAAGCAUUAUAGUCAUCUUGUGUAUUAAUUAUAUGAACAUCAUGUAGUUAUCUAGCAUGUACUGUGACCAAAAAUGAAUGCUGCUAUGAUAGUCUUUAUUUGGAUGACUUUCUUCAUAGUCUAAACUGAGUAACUUUGGAUCAAUAUACUGUAGUGGCUCCUCAUCUUCAGUCACAUUAAAGGUCCAUAGAUCUACUGAUCUUGCCAUUUUCUUCAUAUAUGUAAAAAUUAGAAAAUGAAAAGACAAAAGUUGGAAAAAUAUUUUGUAAAUAGUUUAUUGACAUUGUUUAAUAUCUAUACAGAAAAACUUAAUUUAUGAAGUCCUAACUUUUGACAUUGUUUAAUAUAUAUACAGAAGAACUUAAUUUAUUAAGUCCUAACUUAGUUGAAAUCAGUACUCUAAUGUGUACAAUGAAAGGCAACAGUAAUCUCAAUACUUAUUUAUUGUAAAAAAAUUAAUAAAUAGGAAAAUAGCAAUGUCAUUAAAGGACGUCUAGUCUGAGUCUUUUGUUUUUGAUCUAGCUUCACCCUUAAAUUAACUUGUUUUAGGAUAAGCUUGUAAUAUUUUGUCCUUUCCAUUUCUUAUUUAAAAAAAAAACUUAGACAAGAAAUGAUUAAUUUAAGUUUAUCUUAUUCCAUUGUCUACAUAUUUUCUUUAAACAAUAAGAUUGUCAUAUUAUAUCAAUUUUAUAAAAACUAUAAAUGGUUUUUGAUUUUUGUUUUAUUUUCUUAUUCCCAAAGUGGAAAAAAAAUUAAUAAAAGUUGUACACUUUGGUUAUAAUUGUCAAGAUUGUUUGAUUUGUAGUAUUAUGUUUAUGAGAUGUAGUCUUUGUACCCAUGUUGACUGUUGGUUACCCCUGAUUAAACUGUGCAUUUUUUUUUUCCUAGUUUACCCCUCUUCUUUGUACUGAAUGUGCAUAUUUUUUUUUUCGCUCACCAGAAAAAUGUUGUACAAUUUAAAUCAAAAUAUUCAAUGGUUCAAACCAUAUAAAAUGAGGUUAGCUAUUUGGAUAUGAGACUUUAUGCAUUAAAUGAACAAUGUACAACAUUAAAUCAUUUUUUUUAUUUCGCUUUUUUAAUAAAUAAUUUUCUUCCUUC